AUGACGAAGCAAAAGGGAGAGAAAAGCUCCUCCCCGCCAUUUAUCACUGACCCAGAUGUGCUUGUCUUUCGUGAUUUCACAGUUGGGGAAAUGGUAGAGCUCCCAUUUACAAUGACAAACGUUUCAUUCGGCAGAAAUUCGUUUCAUUACAAAGGAAUCGAUCAAGAAUAUGCAUCACUUUUUAAUUUGAUAUUUACUCCUGCAGGACUUGUAUCUCCUGGUGUAGGAGUUCCAUUAAAAUUACAAUUCACACCAAAAUAUAAUUCACCAAUCUCUUGCUGCUUACAUUUCGUAGCAAAUGGUGUACCUUUCGAUGUCAAAGUCGAAGGCAUUCCUAAAACCAUUAAUAUCCAAUUUGAACCUUUCGAUGUUUUCGAUCUCGGCACAGUUACAUUCGGCGAAGAAAUAGAAGGUACAUUAAGAAUCCGAAAUACAGGUGCAUUGAAGGCAACGUGGUCUGUUGCUUUAGAAAAAACUACAACGGAUCAAAAAUUUUUAAGUUUAGAAGAAGGAGAGAAAUCUCUCAACUUCUCAGUUAAGCACGGCUCGAUUUCAGGCUAUUCUACGUCGACUGUCCACAUUUCUUUCAAGCCAGAACGUCCCGCUCCGUUGAAUUUCCUUCUUCGAUUCAAAUUCUCAUCGCCUGAAGAUGCAUUCAAAACAUUUUCAAAGGACCUACCGUUAACAGCGGUUGGAGCUGAUGUUCCUGUGUUUUUAGACAGUGAUUCGAUUGAUUUUGGGGUUUGCUUCUACAAUGAACUCUACAGAGGCUCUCUUGUAGCAAGGAAUAGAAGUACCUUGUCUCAGAGAUUCACAAUCGAAUCACCAGCAAAUGCAGAUAAAUUUAUCGAAUUUCAACCAAAGAUGGGAUUCAUCCAACCUCAGCAAAUGUUUAACAUUUCGAUAAAGCUUCGAACUACGCAAGCAAUUAAACAGCUUAUGCAAGGAGAUUCCCCUACAAUUACAAUUCCAUUCAAAACGAUCGUCGUAAAUCAAGUUUUACCAGUUAAUUUCUCAAUAUCUAUGCUUCCAUCACCUACAAAGCUUGUUUUCGACCCUCCAACCCUCGAUUUUGGCACAUUUGGAACAACAGAAGUUCGAAAUUUGGAUUUAAAGAUCACAAGUACACUCCAAGUCCCCGUAGACUUUGGAUUUGUCAGAUUACCUAACGGAGUUACCAUACAACCAUGGGAUGGCUUUGGUUUGUUGAUGCCAAAUGAAACCGUCGAACUCCAAGUCGGUUUCCAGUCACCUCUCGCUAAGAAACAUGAGUUCGAAAUUACUGUUUGCACGUUACAAGGCAGUAAAUUUACGAUUCCUUGCACGGCAAACGUAAUUACGAACGCGAUUACACUUAGCGCCACACAGAUUGACUUCGAAGCCACACCUUUAGGCGAAGAGACCAAAUUCCCUAUCCAAGUCACCAAUAUUCGAACUUCUCCAGUUGAUAUCGAAUUUGAAACUCCAGAAGAUUUCUUCUUUGACCCCGUAGUAGCGACCAUUCCAGCUGCCUCCACGCAGAAUGCCCUUAUUACAUUCCGUCCUACUCCUCCGAUCCAAAAAGACGGAGUUACUACUACAAUGAACUCAGAAAAAUCAGCCAGCAUCAAAGAAAAGGCCAAAGACAAAGGCAAGCACAAAGAGAAAGGCAAGGAGAAAGACGCGGACAAAGGAAAGAAGAAGGAAACAGCAGAACAACCACCAGAAGUCAAACCGCCAGCCGCUUUAAUCGCUCCUGACUUCACUUUCAAAAUUUAUGACAACAACAUUGCCUGUUUCUGGCGCUGCGGCAAUAGCAGUGGUCGCCAUCACAUGGCAAUACGUGCUGCAUCAACUUUGCCACAGAUAUUUGUUUCCUCAGUGAAAAUUGGGAAUAAACCACCACACACUGAGAAACUGAUUGAUUUAGGACUGAAAUCGAUCAAUUUCGGAACAGUUGCAUUGGGACAACACUUGGAUGCAGAGAUUGUACUGACAAACGCCAGUAAAAAGCCUGCUCCUGUGAAAUACGAGUGUGAUGUCGGUUCAUUUGAAGUUCUAAGCCCUCCAUGCGAUAUUCCACCACGAGGAACAACAGUUCUCCAUGUUAGAUUCACUCCUGCUAUGCAAUACAAGUUCGAAAGCCUCUUAAGAGUUACACAUUUAGCCAGACCAAAUUCAAGGGUCACACUUAAAUUGGCCGGCCAAGGUGCUGCCCCCUCGAUUGAUUUAAGUGCAGAGCGAAUUGAUUUUGGCCAUGUAAUGGUUGGCCAAACAGUCACUCGCUCUAUAAAUGUUAAGAACAAUGCUGCUUUCGAACUGAAAUACGUGUACAGAUUGAAUCCAGAUAACAACGCUCAUCAUAUCAACAUGGAUUUAACAGAUGCUUUCUCUGUAAAGAAGCCUUUCGAAUGGCUCGAAGCUGAUAAGACUGGACAAACAGUUGUUGCUUUUUCUCCUGAUCACGAUGCACCAGAAUUCGCAUCAACAUUGAUUGUUUCUGCAGGAGAAGACGGACAAAGAAGAGAAAUCCCAAUAACAGCAACAUCAUGGCCACACGUAAUGUUUGUUAUAGGAGGAAGUGGCGGACAGAGACAGAGAACUGCCUUUGAUCACGCUGCCCUCGAUGAACCUUUCUUCAGACAGAACGUCGUUGUUGACAUGUCGUGGCCAGGAGCUGCUGCACAAUCAUCACUUCAGAUCGGUGUUUCGCAACUGAAUGAUGACGCGAAGAAGACAAAUGGAGAAUUUUCAUUUGAUCCGAUUUCUGUGCCUGGAUUCACUGUCACUCCAAUGAAGUCUUCCGUUGAAGCUGGUGGUGUUGUUAAAGUUACUAUUGAAUACGCUCCUCCAGCAAACUCUUUGUUACAAGUUGGACAAUGGGUUGUAGGAGAAACAGGUUUGCAACUUAAAUGUGGUGAUUUUAAUAGAAAGAUUCCAGUUAAGUUUAAGUGUUUGAUGAAUGUCCAACAAGCAGCCGACUUGUCACAGCCAACAAAGAGAGAUCCUGUUAUGAAGAGUGCAAAGAAGAAAUCUAGGAAAUAA